UUGCUUCUACUGGCUGGCUGUGGCGUUGGUGCGGUGUGUUGUACCUAUCGUACAUACAAUUUAGUAGCGACUGAAACGUCGCAGCGUAAACACGACGAUUAUGAGCCCUCCACAGAACGCAUAUACAAAUUAUACUAAGGUGUAGAGUGUCCCGAAAGUGAGUGAGUUGUACAUACAACAAUCGGAGGAAGAAGAAGAGACCCCCGUGUGUGAUAAGCUACUCGAAUUAGCUAAUCAGGUUUGCAGGCGUUGAACACCUUGCGUAUUCCAUUCCGUAGAUCGUUUCCGGUAAUCGUGCGGCUGUUGAACAAGAAGAGCCUUUCGGUGGCGAUCGUAUGGGAGGGUUCACGGCGCGUCGAACAAAUCCGCGCGUCCAAGGAAACUGUAUUGAUCUAGUGACCUACGGAAAGCACCGUGCUGAACAAAGAACCGUGCACACCUUUCGCUUGCUACGAUCGGCAACGUGACACAAAGGAAUAUCUGUACGAAGUUAGUGCCGACUACAGAACAACGGUAAGCCAGGUUCUGUUCUCGAUAGUUGUUUUGGAGUAAAAUCAAGGAAGACCGAUGACAGUGAAUCGCGCGCCUCUAAUGACAAAAGCCUGUUCAUCAGUAGUGCAAUAACAACGCGACGGCGAAAUACGCCCACAAUACAAAAGGUGAUCCUUGGGUCGAAGAGAGAGAAGUGUAGUGAUUGAUAUCUUGUUUGCUUGUUCCUAAGCGCCGGAAGUGGACAGCUUGGGCUGGCACUGCUAGAAAAGGCCUAAGGGAGAUGGAAACCAAUCUGAAUCGAAACAUCAAACACUGAUUGUUGAACGCGAAGAAAGCCCAGCAUUGGACGUAUCGCAAUGGAUUGAUUUCGCAGAAGAAAACCGAAGCAACCUGGUGGUGAUACAUCGGAAAAGUUUAAGUUCUUUUUUCGUUUGAUUUUAUGAUUGGAUCUAACAACAGUUCAGUUCAGUGUUCCAGUGAAGUAGUGAAUCAAAGUGCAUCUUAACUAGCAACAAUAAGAAGAAGAGAAGACGGGAGGAAGUGUCAGGAGGAAAAUUUUGGGGCGGCGGGAGUGAAUCCCACACCGGUUACACAAAUGUUGUCUUGUCUGGUGCCGCCACGUUUCGGACAAGAAGACAGUGUCAUGCCGUCAUCCGCCACGUUCGCCCUGCAGUUUCCAGCAUUGGCAUCCGGCCUACCGAAAGAUGAUGAGAGUAACACCCCACAGACGGAUUGCUUCCUCCAGUGUCCGCAGUGCCACCAAACGCUGCCCGGGUUUCAGGCACUGAAAGAGCACAUCGAUAACGUGCAUUCCAUGAUCAAGCAAGAGCACCAUGACUCGGCGACGCCCUCCCCGCCGCUGUCCGCAUUCUACCACCACCACCACCAUCACCAGCAGCAGGCAUUUCAGCCAAUAGGUAGCCAGUCGCUUCCAUCGCCACCUGCCUCCACCUCGACGCUGGAGAACAGCCACUGCAACGAGCCGACCUCGCUGGCGACUAAUGGCAGCAGAAGUAGUAGUAGUAACAGCAACAGCAGCAGCAGUAGUAGAAACAGCAACAGCAGUCACAGUAGUAGCAGUAGUUGUAGUCGAAGUACCUCGGCAGGUGGCGUUCUCGGCCUCGUUGCCACCAGCAGCGCUGCCACAAUCGCCGACGAAGGUGGGCGGUCUAUUAGUCCGACUUAUAGCAACAGCAGCAGUAUUGGUGGGGGAAGCAAUUGUGGGGCUGGUGGUGUCGGUGGAGGUCACGGAAACACCGCUGGAAGCAACAGCAGCAACGGUGCAGAACCCUACGCAUGCUUACAAUGCUCCGCCUCAUUCCCGAAUCGUGACUUACUCGAGAAACAUGAGCUGAUGCAUGUACCUAAUGCUCUGGUGAGCUGCAAGGUGUGCCACAAGCAGUUCGCCAACGUGUACCGCCUCCAGCGCCACAUGAUUUCCCACGACGAGUCGACGCUGCUGCGAAAGUUCAAAUGUACCGACUGUGAUAAGGCGUUCAAAUUCAAGCACCACCUGAAGGAACACGUGCGCAUCCACUCGGGCGAGAAACCGUUCGGAUGCACCAACUGCGGUAAACGAUUCUCCCAUUCCGGUUCCUACUCCAGCCACAUGACCUCGAAGAAAUGCAUCAGCAUGGGGCUGAAGCUGAACAACAAUAGCUCGUCCGUCGCUAAUAACAACGGUAGUGGCAGUCCAAGUGGCGCAAGUGGAAAGUCCGAGAAAAGUGGACGCCGAUCUGGAUCUUAUCUUCCCGGAGGAAGUCCAGCAGCUGCCGGGCUUUCCAACGGACAGCUUGCCAAUGGUCAGAACACGACCAACAAUGCCAAUUCGAACACAUUCUUCCCAAUGCUUCCAAAGUACCCGAACUACGAAACGGCUGCAUUCCUGGCCUCGUUUAACCAUUUGUAUCCGAUCAAUCCGGUCAAUCCCGCAUUCAGUCCCUACAGUAUACAGCGUUUGAUAGAAUUGUCUGCCGGUGCGGCUGCUGGUUCAGCUCCCACUGCAGAGUCUAUGGAAUCGCUAAUUCUCAAAACGCAACAGCAGAUCAAUGCAACGCUCAAGUCGGACUUGGGCCGGCACUCGAAGUCACCCAGCGUCACCCAUUCUGAUGCGGAAGACAUGAUCGAAGAAGUGACCGAGAACGAAAACGAGGAAGAGGAAGAACCGAAACUGGUUAUGGAUGUUGACGAUGAUGAGGACGAGGCGCAGGAAAAUGACGAAGACGCGGAGAAAAAAGACAUCAAAGUAGAUGAAGAUGACGAGGAGGACGAUGAGGAACAAAAGUUUCCAAUAGAGCGGCGUUCCGUUCAGCCAUCUCCGGUCGUUCCCGAGCAUCGUCUCACCGGUGGCGAGGUUGACAUGGCGUCAGCGAAUGACUACCGUAACAUUCUUGAUGACAUGAAACAGAAAAUACUGGAUGCUGCGCAUCGUAUUGGUGUAGGAGAUCAAGUCAUUCACCGACAAUCCACCCCCAUCGCUGUCAGCACGGAGCCAAUCAAAACCGAAAGGCCCGAGUCCGUCUCAUCGCCCGAACUGAACAUCGAUAUUGAUCAUCGCAGCCCAAGUCCGGCGCCGGUAGCCUCUCCCACCCCGUUGAUCAAACAAGAGUUCAAAGAAGAUGAGGACAUGGAGAAGGUAGAUGACAAGCCUCCAGUGCUUCAGUGCUCACAGUGCCAUGCGACCUUCAACCAUCAGGCGGAGCUCAUUCAGCACGAACAAGUCCUGUGUCAAUCGCUACUCUUCCAGAAGCAGAUGGCUGCGGCGGCCGCUGCAGCUGCAGCCGCCAGCAACUACAUACCAAUGCACAGCGGCAGCGAAGACGAUACAGACUUCGACGGCUCCAAAGUAUCUUCGGAGCGCAGCGGUAAGGUCCGUGUACGAACCGCCAUCUCCGAGGAGCAGCAAAACGAACUCAAAAAGUAUUACGCCAUGAACAACAAGCCAAAUCGCGAAGAAUUCCAAGUGAUCGCCAAACGCGUCGGCAUGGAAGCCCGCGUUGUGCAGGUAUGGUUCCAGAACAAUCGAUCGCGGGAACGAAAGAUGGGCAACCUGACCAACAAUCGCAACCCGAUUCAAACGGAAAACUCCGCGCCUGCGAUUUUUUCCGCUGAUACUCCCACCCCUAGUCAACCAACGGAAACCGACCAGCCCCUGGAUCUUUCCGUCAAAAAGCCGGAAUCUAUCCCUUCCAGUUCUCCACGUUACGGCACGGCCCCCCAAUCGCAACCCGACGCCGCUACCCUUCUAGAUGAAGCCAUGAAUCUCAGCGUCAAAUCAUCCCGGAGUUCCACACCCUUCAAGGGAUUCUAUCCGUACAACCAGUUCUCCACAGAAAUGAUAAUCCGCCAAACGCCCUCGCCGAACGAAGCCGCCGCUCCCCGUCAAAACCCACAAAUACGUCCCCCGGCAGUCGCCGCCGUCUAUCCCCCAAUACCCCCUACGGACAGCGCCUUCAUCGGAAUGGAUCGCUUCCUGCAGCAUUUCCCAUCCGAGCUGGCCCGCGCACCAAUCCGCGCCGAUAGUCUCAGCCCAGGGGCGGAGAAGCGGGCCUGGCGUGAUCUGGAACAGUACGAAGCCGCCGUCAAACUGCACGGCCAGUACGACGAGCAGAAACUGCUUCAGAUGCAAUCGAUGCUGAACGUGCCGAAGCGGGUGCUCUACUCGACGGCCAACUCCGGCAAGGAGCAACCGGACGCCGAAGGCCAAUACAUUUGCGACCAGUGCGAUAAGGCCUUCAGCAAGCACAGCUCGCUGCAGCGGCACAAGUACGAACAUUCAGGCCAACGCCCCUACAAAUGUGUCGAGUGUCCAAAGGCCUUUAAGCACAAACACCAUCUCACAGAGCACAAGCGACUGCACAGCGGCGAGAAACCAUUCCAGUGCUGCAAGUGUCUGAAGCGAUUCUCGCACUCGGGUUCCUACAGCCAGCACAUGAACCACCGCUACUCGUACUGCAAACCGUACAGGGACGGCAAAUAAGAUGAGGACCAGGGACGGGAAGUUCCGUCCCCUGCCGGUCUGUCCGGUGGCUAUCUCCCAUCGACCUCGUUGCCGCACCAUCACCAUCCGCCUCCGCAGAACCGACCGGGAAGACGCGGCCGGCGUCCGGGAUCGUCUGCCAGCUCGCUGGUGUUCCCGGGGCCUCCGCCGCCUCCUCCACCUCCUCCGCCACCGCCAACAGUGUCCUCGACAGCCGGGACGGCGAUGGGAAUAGUCACACAACCCGCCACAGUGCCAUUCCAACAUCCAGCGAUGCAGUCCGUUUCAUACUUCGACCGGCGCCUACUCGUGGACAGCUACCUUAACUCGGGCUUCCUGGCGUACGGCGGCGGAAUCGGCGGAGUUCACUAGAAGAGACAAAGCUGAGACGUCUGUGUACAUAGGAAUUCGCUUCUCGCGCCAAAAAGGUUCGAACUUAAUAUUUCGAAAACAUUUGAUAUUUUUAUAGUUAGCGUUGAUUAUUGGUUAAUUUAUUCGUGGUAUUUUCGGCACAAUACAAGGCAAAACGAAUGAUCGUACUUAAAAUUUUGAAAAGAAAAAAGGUUGCGAAAUUGACAGUGAACUGAUCCCAGUUUUAAUGGCAAGAUGUGACGCACGCUGCCCGCAGUGACCCGGAGUCAGCGCCGGUGUGCGAUGUUGAAGAAGUUACUAGAAGCUGUGCAUUUAACAAAUUUCUCACCAAUGGCCCCGGAAGGCCACCGAUCCACGCGAUGGAGGAGGUGGUCCACGGACAAAUUCGUUCUUCUUAUUCAAGCAAAUAAGAAAUGGUUGAAACUCUUAAGCAAGCAACUCGAAUCUCAUUCCUUCGCUAAGGUUUAUUUGUGUAGUGGUUAUUGAAACAAAACAAACUUAGCCUGUUACAAUUACUCUGAAAUACUUAUUUUUUACGUAUCGUUUAAGUGAUUUAGCGUUUAAGUCCUGGUGACACCCGUGCACCGCACGGCGUGCACAACCUGUAAAAUACUCACGUGAAUUCAGUUGCCAUAACGAAAGAAAUAUGUGUUGAUUUUAUUUCGGAAAACAAUUGAAAACUAGCAUCAUUCAAGGCUGGGUCUAGCAAUUACACUUUUAAUUUUAUGUUUUUUUUUUUCAAAUCCUAUGAAAAUACAUUAGAUAAAGCAAAAAAAAAAAGCCAAACCGAGAAAACUAUAUACGCAUUUUUGGACCACACGGUGUUAACAAGACAAUACAAUACAGUAAAUUUACCCUUUAACUCGAAUUGAUAACCUACUAAUGGAAACACAUGAACACACAAUUUCUAUCUCACUAUGAAGUAACAUUUUUCCCUUUUCACUUUCCAAUGAUAAAAAAAAGUUCUAUCUCAAAAAUCAAAAUCGAAAAGUAACCGACACGAAUAUAACAAAGUCCUUGUACUUUUUCCCCUUAAAAAGCUCGAAAAUCCUAAAUUAAAAGCUGUAAAUAACUGAAAUCUACUCAGAAUGAAUAACAUGGCUCAUUAACAUCAUCGAUCCUGCUUUAUCGAGGAGAGUGAUUCGAUUGUUGGAACUAGGUUUGACUCGAUAACUAACGAAGUUGAUACACAGGCUCUGUCUCAGUUGGAACGUAAUGCCAAGAAGUAGAAAGAUGUUGGAAUUCAUCAAAACUAUUUCGUCAAAUAAUUUUACUGUUAACGAAAACGAAAAACUUCCAUCUAAGGCUUUUUUUUAAAUCCACUAUUAUCACUUGACAAAACAAUACUUCUCAUAGAAACAUUGUCCGGGUGGCGUAGCACCAUCAGCCGUUUCAAUAUUUCACCAUCCGAAUCGAAUUGAACUCGAAGCCGAGCUGAAACGUGACAGAAAAUUCAAAACGCAUCCACACGCGUGCACAGCCUGCUGCGAUCAAAGGUGCUGAAAACGUCUCAUUUCUGAACGCUCGUAAACUAAUUAGGGGUGUCCAGAGCGUUGGAUGUGCGAUCAUAAUGAAUGCAUCGAGUUUUAUUCGACCGAAUUUCAACAUUCUGCAGAUUAAUCUUAAAAUUUCCUGGACUUUGUCAGUUCAGUACAUGUUAGUGCUGAAACCCUGUUUAGUUUAGCCUUCUGAUUCACACUGUGAUCGCAGAGUUUCUUCCGGAAUGGAUUCUUGUUUCCUGUCAAUAGAAAGUUCCAACUUUAGAAUCACUCCCAUCGAUCCCAUCACAUUCAUCGACGUCAAAUGGUUUCAGCAACGCCGAGUGGCGGCGCAGCGACUUCUGCCUGUCAAUAAGCAGAAACAUAUUAUAGGCUUUGAAAUCUCCUUCUGGUCCCUUGCCAACAUGACUCGCAUAAAAACGUACAUUCAUCCACUUUUGACAAAAUCUGCUGUAACCCACAAAGAAUACAGAACACUCAACUGUACAGAAUAUCUGUAAAUACUCGUACCAACACAAACAUACAACACACCGAACAAAACAAUUCGUUUUGAGCAGCAAAAAGAGCGCUUGCUUCCCCUAGGUAAGGUAAAAUUAUCUCAUUGUAAAAUAUGUACUAUUUUAUAAGCUGUAUUAUACAUUUGUAAGACAAAUAUUCGAACCUAAGAUGCUGGUUGAAGAUAUGGAAAUAAUACAUCGAGUUAUAUUGUAAUCUUUUUUACAAACAAAAAAUGAACAGUCAACAAAAAAGCAAAGCCAAGUCAACAACGAAAAAACUGUUAAUUUAGAGCAAAAUGUUUUGUCGCAUCGGCCGUUGGAAUGGUAAACUCCCUCCGCGCCGUGCGACAAAGAACAAGUGUCUUUUGUAUUAACUUUAACUUGAAUUACUAUUUUUAUUGAAUUGCUACACUGAAACAAUUAUUAUUGAGCAUUAUUUAGUUAUGUGCAUUACGCCGCAAGGAACGCGUAAGUGACAACUAAGAAAAUAUUAUAUUUAAUAAUAAAGUAUUGUUAAAUAUUUCUACGAAUAACCAUAAAUUCAAGCAUAAAAAUUCAAAAACAACAAAACUUAAAAGAUAACCAUUCCAAAUAAAGAAACGAAAAUCGAACUAUAAGAAGCUGAUUGAUGGAGAAAUUCUCGCGGAUGGAAAAUGUUCUCGCAAGCAAAGUGAAAGUGAAAUUCGUGUCUCGGUUGGAAAGUUGACACAAGCGACAUUUUUUUCUAAAAAAUGUUAAAUAAUUCAAAAUAUGAUUGGAAAACAAACAUAGUCGCUUACGUCAAUCUCCCAAGUGAGGACACCUAACCAAUUUAGGCAAAUUACAGCAUUAUAACGAAAUUGU